AUGGAGCCAGCAGGAAGGACGUGCGAUGACUGUCAAAGAAGUGCCUCAACUGCUACUUUGACUCCUUUGAUCAAUUAUGAGAUGAAAAGGCUAGUUGCAUCUGCAGAUUGUGCUGGAGCUUUAGAUGUUACAGAUGAUUUGCAACAUUUAUUGGAUGGAGAUGAACUGGCUGGUCUACAUUGCUUUCGACACCUUCGUGAUGAAUUAGCCACUUCAAUCGAUUCUAUCAACAGCAUUCUUUCAGCAGAAUUUUUGCGUAUAACCAUACAAGAAACUGGCAACAUGGAUGCAGCAAUUACAUCAAAAUUUAAAGCACGGACGACCAUUGCAAUUAAUGGAGAAGGCCAUGAAGUUAAAUUGGAUGAAGAAGAAACCUCAAAUUUCCGAGACCGGCUUCUUCCAUUUGUUAUUGGAUUACUAAGAACUGCAAAACUCCCUGCUGUGUUGAGAAUAUAUCGCGAUACUCUUACAGCUGACAUGAAAACUGCCAUUAAAACAGCAGUUGAGGAGCUGCUUCGUGUUCUGGUUGCCCAACCUUUGGAUUCAGAUUUUGUUGCAGGAGAACGAGUAGUUGAUACAGAUGGUGGGAGCUCAUCUCUUGCCAGUAGAUUGAGAAGCCUGUCACCAGAAAGUUUUGUUCAACUUUUGAAGGCUAUUUUCAUGAUAGUGCAGGCGCACUUAGUCCAGGCUUCUGAAGUUAAAAAAACAAUUGAGUGGAUUAUCUACCAUCUUGAUGAUCAUUACGCUGCUGACUCAGUUGCUGCUGCAAUUGCACUUGGGGCAGCAGCCGCAGAAACUGGUAGUGAAAGUGAUGGUCAGAUGACCUUUUCACAAUUUUCUCCCCCAAGCAACUUCUCCAGGGUUUUUACAAUUCAGGAGAAGGGAAAUGAUGCAACAACCAUGUCAAAUUUAUCGAGAAACUUCAGAGCUGAUAUAUUGAGAGAGAAUACCGAAGCUGUAUUUGCAGCUUGUGAUGCUGCUCAUGGAAGAUGGGCAAAAAUCCUUGGAGUCCGUGCUCCGAUUCACCCUAAGUUGAGGUUGCAAGAGUUCCUAAACAUAUAUAACAUCACUCAGGAAUUUAUUACUGCCACUGAGAAGAUUGGUGGAAGGUUGGGGUAUAGUAUCCGUGGAACCAUACAAUCACAGGCCAAGGCCUUUGUUGAUUUCCAGCAUGAAUCUCGAAUGGCAAAGUUGAAGGCUAUACUUGACCAGGAAAACUGGGCUGAGAUUGAUGUCCCCAAUGAGUUCCAGACCAUCGUCACAUCACUGUUCUCUUCCAAGUCAGAGAACACUGGACAUGCUGAUGAUGAUUCUGCUGACACUGCAACAAGCAAAACUGAAGUCAUUCGAAGCAGCAGUGAUCCUUCAAUGGUGGAUGCUGGACUCCCAAAUAUAUCACAUAAUACGGAGCAGACUGAUUCUACUUCAACUCAUCCAGAUAAUACAGCACAGAGUAAUGACACAAAAUCAAGAGAACGCGGAAGAUCAUCUCCUAGAAUGCUUUCCUUUGGGGGUGUUGCGUAUCACAUGGUGAACUGUGGCUUGAUUUUGGUGAAGAUGUUGUCAGAAUAUAUUGACAUGAAUAAUAGUUUAACUGGCCUAUCUUCAGAAGUAGUUCACCGUGUUGUUGACAUCUUGAAGUUUUUCAAUACAAGAACUUGUCAACUUGUACUUGGAGCUGGAGCCAUGCAGGUUUCAGGUUUGAAGUCUAUUACUUCUAAGCACUUGGCCUUGACAAGCCAAGUCAUCGGUUUCACAUACACUAUAAUUCCUGAAAUCAAGAGGAUAUUGUUUCUGAAAGUGCCUGAGACACACAAGGGAUUGCUAAUGCUGGAAGUUGAUCGAGUAGCACAGGACUACAAAGUUCAUCGUGAUGAAAUACAUUCGAAGUUGGUACAGAUAAUGCGAGAAAGAUUGCUGGUACACCUUCGGAGUUUGCCACAAAUUGUUGAGAGUUGGAAUAGGCAGGACGAUACUGACUCACAGCCAAGUCAGUUUGCUCGUUCAAUCACAAAGGAAGUUGGCCUUCUUCAACGUGUGUUAUGUCGAACUCUGCAUGAGGUAGAUGUUCAGGCUAUUUUCAGGCAAGUGGUUAUAAUCUCUCACUCACAAAUUUCAGAGGCAUUCUCACGAUUGGAUAUUAGCAGUGAACAAUCUAGACAAAGAGCGUAUCGUGAUGUUCAGCAUCUUCUUGGAUGUAUCAGAUCAUUGCCUUCUGAUAGUAAAUCCAAUCCUCCCAAUUUGGGGCAGCUUGAUGAGUUUGUGGAACAAAAUUUUGGUGCAGAAGCUAGUCAAUAGGUUCCUUGUAAACUAGGCUAUUCUCUUAAACAUUGGAUAGGUGUGAUGGGAGCAAUCCGAGGACACCUGAAGACUACGCAAGGAUGCUGUACAAUUAACUUGAGAUGGGUAGUCGUCUUACUGGAUGUCUUAUUACCACAGUUGAAUCGAGUUCUGCGGGGAGCAAGAAUCUUUAACAGCAAAUUUGGAGCUAUCAUACAGAGUUUGUGAUCUGUCAGAUGUUUGAUAUUUUUUUGAUGAUUGUAUUCUUUGGGCCUGGCACCAGUUUUUUUCUUCUCUAGAUUUUAGAGAGAGAAAAAGGCAUCAGCUGAAUAAUAAUAGUCAGAGUGCAGUUAUAGUGUAUACUAGUGAAAAGUAUUGUAUGUAUCAGUUCCUUGCUUAAUUCGAGCAUGUUUUCUCCUGUAUCAAUAUCAAUGAUCUUAAAGACU